GACCAAACGUAACUUUAUCACGCACCUUUUGUCUCCUGCUCGAUAUUGUGAUCUAUAUGUAUAUUAUGUCGUACAGAAAGAAUGAACAGAAUGGAUUGAAGAAAUAAAUUUUCUUUUAAUACACAAUUUUGAUAAGACUUUUACCUGAUCAAAUUUAAAUGUAGCUAUCAGCGUAUAUUCAUUAUACGGAUAUUACUCUUAACGAUUUGACGGCGCGUCAAGAUUAACGAAUUAUUCCGAUUAGGCUAUUGUUGUUGCUAAGGACGUUGCAUUUGGAUAACGUCAGGCUUUGUGUCCGAAAACUUUCGUUUUGUUUGAAAUAAUGUAAAUAAACAAGGAUAUUUGAAUUCUGUGAUAAAUUAAGGGAACUUAUAAGACCUGUGUCAAGCCGUCAGGCCGACGGAACUCCCGUUUAACACGCCGACGGAUAUCCGAUUUCACAGCCGACAGAACUGCGGAAGCUUACAGAUCUUUACGAUGUCGUCGGUAAACUUUGCAGAAAACCGUCAGGACUUGUAUGGCCCGACACGGAACUUGAGGUUUCAGAAUAUAAAAGAUAAGUUAACAAAAUCGCACGUGCUACAAGAUGGUGAAUACAAUUACACGAGCAAUAAACUCAAAAGUGGCAUCUGGAAUACGAGCAAUAGCACCGACUUCUCAGGAGCGGUCCUGGAUCCCAAAAGCCUGCAAGGCACAUCGAGUCAGCUAGUUCAUCAUUUCGACAUGGGAAACAUGAGUGGCAAAUUUCUAGACAAGGACUUCUUCAGACGCAGCACAACCAUGACCGAUUUCCGGAAAAAUAAAAUUCAAAAGCCCGAGGUGCACGGAGAGAGUAGAGAAAUCAACUGGCCGGACAUGGCACCGCGGUAUCUCUCUGACAGAAGAGUUGGGCCUUCAGAAUAUGCCAAUACUUUCAUCAGAAACCUUCGUCACCGUUCAGCACCCAAUUUUCCUCGUGUAGACACAUCCAAACUUCAGUUGCCCCUAGAUCCGGCCAAGUUCUGGAGACAGAGAAAUACAAACUUUUCUCUGGGCAGUGAUAAUGAUGGUUUGAUAAGUGAGCAACAACGUGCAUUUGGAAGACGGUCACGCGCAUUUCAACCAGACGACUCCGAGAAGAACGUUGCAAGCGACAUAAAUAAAAGUAUGAAAGAAAUGGACAAAGUCUCACAUGUAUUUAGAGGUGGUGACUACAAUGAUAUAGUUGGUGACUUUGUGACUGUAUGUAACAACGAUUAUGGACCGCGUACAGUACCACCUGGUGAAGCCGCUCUUCAGAUAUUACUGCCCCAUCAGAAGAAGAAACCAGUUGCUGGUGAGGAGGAAGAUGAAGAAGAAGAAAAUCAAGUUGGUCCCUAUGCCAACACCAACCAAUUACAAAAGUUUGCUAGAGAAAUUACUGUACCAGUUGUCUUUAAAGAUGCAGCUGACGGACGGUCAUAUCAAAACAAUGCCCAUUUUCAUUUUGGUCAUGAUCCCGAAUCAGGUCAUUCAGUAUAUGCCAAGGAUUUCCUGUUGUCAUCUAUGGUAGACAGGGCGCCACCCAUUGUAAAACCAACUCCCUCCGCUGGAAAGCUGCUGCAAAACGAUCCUAACCAAUCGAUGUACGGAGUUAGUUCUAAUUCUAUAGAUUUCCAAAACCACAAAUACGAACAGUAUAAGAAUUCCAAAGGCAAAACAGCAUUAGAGAUGAAUCUAGACAGACGGGAUACAGAUAAUGUUAUCUUUAGUUUUGAUCUAGGAAGACAUACGGUGGAUAGACAAAAAUCAUUAAAUCACUCCGAUUACAAAGGGCCGCCGAGAGAGUAUCGCCCGCCAAAGAUGGCGGAGAGGCAUGACGUGUAUGUGGACUAUCUACAGACAGAUGAUGCGCUUCCGUAUCCAGCACCAUCUAAAGAUACAUCGGAAGCCGCUCAUAACUUUACUGGUAUGUUCACGCGCGGGAAAAGCGCGGGAAGACGGCGAAGGAAUAGACAGAAGGAAAGCAAGGGUCGGUGGAAAGAUGGACGCAGUACGCAUUUUGUAGUGGGAUAUGCGCCUUUCGAUUUCUCAUCAGAAACACAAAUGAAAUUUAAAGGGGAUAAGAAAAAUGACCAGGAAAUUCCGCCCGCGGGUAAAACUGAGGUCGCUCCACCAAAGAAAGCUCUGCAUUUGACGCAUAGUCAGAACAUCCUGGAUUUAAAAGCUGCAGACCCAUUCAUCACAAACACCCGGGAGAGUCUUCCAGCCAGAAUGAACUAUAGAGACCCACGUCCAGAACAGUACAACUCAACUUCUGUUAUGAAGAAAGACUACGGACCUAUAGUAACAAGAUCAUUGUCAGAUGCCCAGUUACGUGUAAUAGACAAAUAUGAUACUGUGACACAGAAAGAGAUUUCCCAGUCACAUUUAUUCCACACAGAUACAUCCGGAAGAAACAACUUCCAAACCACUGCCAUGGCAGACUUUAUAACACCAGAAAGUAUGACAGGGAGGAAGUUCUUGGCAGCCAGAUGAGGGAUAACUCUUCUUGGUUCUUGCAGAUAUGUUUUGUGUAGUUCUCUCCCUUGGACAACAGAAGAAUGUGCUAUGAGCAUAAUCUAUAAAAUUAUUGUAUUUUGUUUAUUUUUGCAUUUUUGUUGAAAUUUCCUGCCAAUAAUGGGACACAGUGACGUUCUCUAAGACUGCAUAAAAAACAAAAACACAGCAUAUGUAUGGGUAACAAUGUAAUUGGUCAUUCAGGAAAUACAUAUCUUUUAAUUUGGAUUCAUAUUUAUUUUUGUCAUUUCUUUUCUUAGUUUGUUUUUCCUUUCAAGACCAAUUAAUAUUAAACAGUUUUGAAGAACAU